UGUUAUUCUCUCUUAUUUUACCCCCGUAACUUUUUCCUGUCUCCAUCACCUCAACCUACUGUCAACCUCUUUCCAAUCCCACAAAAGCCCUAGCCGAGGAGUUCCCACCACCGCUUACCACAGGAAAAGGAGAGUGUUUAGAAAGAAAAAUAAAAAAGAAACCCCCCUUCUCUCCUGUCUGAAAUCUCAACUCUCUCUCUCUCUCUCCUUCGCUCUCGCUUGUAAGACACUAUUGGCCCAUCGUUAACAAAUAGGAAUUCAGUUUCUUCAUCCCCUUUUCGGAAAAAAAUCCGCCAACACCAGAAACUUUCAAGGUUUCUAGUAUUUCUCAAACAAAGAAACCCCAAGAAGGAAGGAGAGAGAAUCCUUUCAUUCUGCUACUGAUCUCCUUGCCACCAUAUCCAUAUCUCUCUCUCUCCCUCUCUCUCUCCGGAGCCAAAGAUGGAAAUUAUGGAAAACUGCUACAAGGAGAAGAGCAAAAGGUGAAGCAGAUCGACAUCCACUAUAUAUGUUUGCCACUGCCUGAUCUAUUCAAGCUCAGUUCAUCUUUAACUGGUUCCAGGAACAAAAAGAGAGAACAGGAAGAAGGGGAAAGGAAACCAUUUCAAUGGAUACAAUUCCAGCAGCAGACAGUUCUAACUCGGAGAACACCAAUAGCAACAACACUAAUAGCUCCGCCGCAACCUCAUCGUCAGCAUCUGCCCCCAGCAGCCGAUACGAGAACCAGAAGCGUCGAGAUUGGAAUACCUUCGGCCAAUACCUAAAGAACCACAGGCCUCCACUGUCGCUCUCCAGGUGCAGCGGCGCCCAUGUGCUGGAAUUCCUCAGGUAUCUCGAUCAAUUCGGGAAGACCAAAGUCCACACCCAAAUGUGCCCCUUCUUCGGCCACCCGAAUCCCCCUGCACCGUGUCCAUGCCCACUCCGUCAGGCUUGGGGAAGCCUCGACGCUCUCAUCGGACGUCUCCGAGCUGCCUUUGAGGAGCACGGUGGAAAGCCGGAAGCCAACCCAUUUGGUGCCCGAGCAGUGAGGCUCUACUUACGUGAGGUUCGUGAGUUGCAGGCCAAAGCAAGGGGGAUCAGCUAUGAGAAGAAGAAGCGGAAGCGCCCCCAGCAGCAGGCCCAAUUGCCACCUUCAGGUGCAAGCUAGCAACUGCGCUUUAUCCAGCUAUUUUCUGCACUGCGGAUUCUAGUCGUUGAUUAUCCAAAAUUACAUUCUGAGAAUUGGAGAAGGAGAAUUCAUCAACAUUUUCUAUAUCUUUUAAGCUGUUAGUUGCCUUUAGCGUUAUGGGUACCGCCUCCGGCCUCUAUUUUCCCUUUCGAGUAGGUAAUAUAAAUAUGUAUGAGUAUAUGUAGAAGUAGCUACCUAUUCAUGAGCUAUUCAUGCAUUCUAAGUGGUUCAUGCUGUUCUUCUGUCUUAUGUUUUACUUCAGCAGAACCUAUGUUCAGAUUUAUAGGUAUAUUGGAUUUGCUUUCGAUGCAAAAAAAGUACUGGUACUGGUGGUAAUAGUUGUAGUAGUAGUAGUUGGACUACUGGGAGUAGUUGUUGUUGUUGCUGCUUUUGUUGCUGUUAUGGACCUGUGUUUCUAGUAGUAAUAGUAGUAGAACUUCAAAGAGAGAGUGUACUUGAAUGUAUCAUCUAUCUGAAAUUUCAGCACCCCAAUUGCUCUUAGAUAUGUACUUGAAAAUUCAUAUAUGCCAAGUAAUAUAUUUGCAGACUUUACAUCAA